GUCUAUGGUUCUUGUUUUUAAAUUCUCUAUAAUCUCUUCAUAUCACAUCCAUUGAAGAAACUAAGAAAUCCAGGAAUACCUAAAGGACUGAAGUGUAGUUUACUAGUUCAGUGAAAAAAAACUUUUGCAACUUAUUUAGCAAUGUGAUCUUGCCAUUUUAAACCAAACGAAUUUUUAAUAGUUAUAUUUGUUUUUACUCUUAUGACAUUAAUUAUUAUUACUUUUAAGAGUACUAGUCAUUUGCAAAUAUUGUGAUAGUUAUGGCAUAUUGUCCAAUCUUGUUAGUUAUUAUAUUAGCUUUCGUUUGUGUUAGCACUGAAGAUGAACCUGUUACCUCACAGAUGACAAGAGCAGAGAGGAUUCAACUAAGGGAGGAGGCAAGAAAAAUGUUCUACCACGCUUACGAUGCCUACAUGGAUAAUGCAUACCCAGCUGAUGAACUGAUGCCGCUCAGCUGCAAAGGUCGAUGGCGGGGAGUCACACCCAGCCGAGGUGACAUGGACGAUGUACUCGGAAAUUUCUCCUUGACGUUGGUGGACAGUUUGGACACGCUGGUAGUAAUGGGCGAUUUCUCCGAGUUUGACCGCGCGGUGCGGCUCGUGCUUCGCGACGUCACCUUCGACCAUGACAUCAUUGUCUCCGUCUUUGAGACCAACAUACGGAUGCUCGGAGGCUUGUUAUCCGCUCACGUGCUAGCGACGGCGUUGCGGAAUGAGGUGCCCGCGUUGCGAUGGUAUGACGGACAAUUGCUGGCGUUGGCUGAGGACCUGGGCCGGAGACUGCUGCCAGCGUUUAACACUUCCACUGGGAUACCUCACGGACGGGUGAAUCUCCGCCAUGGUCUCCGGGGUCUGUCGGAGUCCCGGGAGACGUGCACGGCGUGCGCUGGAACGAUGAUACUGGAAAUGGCUGCACUGUCCCGUCUUACUGGUGACCCCAUCUUUGAACAGAAGGCCCACCGGGCUAUGGAUAGACUCUGGAUGAUCAGGCACAGGACAUCCGAUCUAAUGGGUACGGUGAUAAAUAUUCACUCUGGAGAUUGGGUGCGGAAGGACUCAGGUGUCGGAGCCGGCAUCGACUCUUACUAUGAAUACUGCCUCAAGGCUUACAUACUGCUGGGAGAUGAGAAAUACCUCGCACGGUUCACACGACACUACAACGCGGUCAUGAAGUAUAUCAGCCGACCCCCUGUCAUGCUAGCCGUGCAUAUGCACAGACCUCACCUGCAGUCGAGGAACUUUAUGGACGCGCUGCUGGCGUUCUGGCCUGGUCUGCAGGUGCUGCUGGGGGAUGUGCGUCCAGCAGUAGAGACUCAUGAGAUGCUAUACCAGGUGAUGCAGCGGCACACCUUUAUACCUGAAGCGUUUACAUCGGAUUUGCAGGUACACUGGGGUCAGCAUCCUUUGCGUCCGGAGUUCUUAGAGUCUACAUACUUCUUGCAUCGUGCUACUGGUGAUGACCACUACCUGCAUGUUGGUAAAAGUGUGUUGCGAGCGCUUCAACAACAUACACGUGUUCCUUGUGGAUAUGCAGCAGUUAAUGAUGUAAGAACACGUGCACAUGAAGACCGUAUGGACUCCUUUGUGCUAGCAGAAACCUUCAAAUACCUCUAUAUGCUGUUCGGAGAAGACCGAGAUCUUCCAGUACAUCUAGAAGACUAUGUGCUAACCACCGAAGCCCACUUUCUACCACUCGCGCUUGCCACAGAUGGACUAAACUCAACCCUCACUCUCAAUAUUGAUGAACAUGACGAGGAUAAAUAUAAAAAGACGUGUCCGAGUACGUGGUCGUUGGAGGCGUCCAGUGUGCGUCGUCCGCUACGCACGUUGCUGGGCGGAGCGGGCCCAUGA